AAAGAAAAAAAAUCAAAUCUUUAAAUAAACGAAAAGAUUUACACAAAAUAAUGUCACAAUCAUCAACACCGCCGAUUCAACUCGGUCUUGAUCUUCUUCUUCUUCUUCUUCUUCUUCUUCAUUCUACCGACAUCUGAUUUGUGUGUCUCAAGAUUCGAACAAAAGAAAUAUCUUUGCUUUCUCUUUUUUAAAGGGAAGGUGAAAAGUUUGCGACUUUGAUUGGUUUCGAUGAAGCUUCGACAAAACCCUUGUUCUGUCUGAAUCCGUUUCUGCGAGAGAAUUUGUGUUUUUUUUUUUUACUUGAAGGGUUGAAAGAAGCAGAUUAAUGGGUUGUGCUGGAUCAACACAGUCGCAAGGAGAUGGGUCAGUGAAGAAAAUUAGGAAGCCGAAACCAUGGAAGCACACCCAACCGAUCACCAAAGCUGAGCUUAUGAAACUGAGAGAAGAGUUUUGGGACACUGCUCCUCAUUAUGGCGGUAGGAAAGAGAUAUGGGAUGCGCUUCGCGCUGCUGCUGAAGCUGACAUAUCUCUUGCACAAGCAAUUGUAGACAGUGCAGGAGUCAUUGUUCAGAACACGGAUCUCACAGUCUGCUAUGACGAGAGAGGCGCUAAGUAUGAGCUACCUAAGUAUGUUCUAAGCGAGCCUACCAACUUUGUGGAAGAAAAUUGAUUUAAGAUGAAGAAGAUUUGAAAAGACAAAAAAAGGAAAAGAAGAACCAAAUGUAAAUCUUGUGUGUAAGUAGUUACAUUAGGAUUCUCUGCUUUUGUCUAUUUUGACACUUAUAAAAAAUAUUGAUUCCCACAUCUCUCUCUCUCUCUCUCUCUCUCUCUCUCUCUGACUUGUACCUAAAAACUCAGAUUGUUUCUGGAAAUCUAAAGACAGUUCUUUGAGUUUCAUCUUAA